AGACGACAUCUUCCACCAUCUUCCACGCACAAAUCGAUCUGUUCUCUAGCUAGUCUCUCGACAUUGCCAAUGGCAUUUUCUUCGCCCCCAUCAUCAUCAUCAUCAUCAUCAUCAUGUUCCGUGGCCGUUUUGUCUUUGUCCUGCAUCUUGCUUCUCCUCCUGGGGAGCACCGAUGCCCAACUUUCCACUAAUUUUUACUCAAAGACGUGCCCCAACGUCUUCACCACGGUCAAAUCCCAGGUGCAAGCGGCCAUCAACAAGGAGGCCCGGAUGGGUGCCUCUCUCCUCCGCCUAUUCUUCCACGAUUGCUUUGUUAAUGGCUGCGACGGAUCAAUUCUUCUAGAUGACACGUCCACAUUCACCGGAGAAAAGAACGCAGCUCCAAACAAAAACUCCGCCAGAGGAUUCAAUGUCGUAGACAACAUCAAGUCCGCUGUGGAGAAGGUGUGCCCCGGCGUCGUUUCCUGCGCCGACUUGUUGGCCAUCACUGCCCGAGACUCCACCGUCAUCCUUGGAGGGCCAAGCUGGAAUGUGAAAGUCGGGAGGAGAGAUGCAAGGACCGCAAGCCAAGCUGCUGCUAACAACAGCAUUCCUCCCCCGACCUCAAACCUCAACAACCUCAUCUCUUUCUUCCAAAAUGUGGGCCUCUCCACUAGAGACAUGGUGGCUUUAUCUGGUUCACAUACAAUAGGACAAGCAAGGUGCACAAACUUCAGAACCAGGAUUUACAAUGAAACCAACCUGGACUCUUCCUUGGCCAAGACAAGGCAGAGCAACUGCCCGAGGACAGUUGGCUCAGGGGACAACAAUCUAGCCCCUCUCGACUUGCAGACUCCCACCAAGUUUGACAACAAUUACUACAAGAACCUCCUCCAGAACAAGGGCUUGCUCCACUCCGACCAGCAGCUCUUCAAUGGCGGUUCUACCGACUCGCUCGUGAGGACUUACGGCAGCAACCCAAGCACCUUCACCUCUGACUUCGUGGCGGGCAUGAUCAAGAUGGGGGAUAUCAAGCCCCUCACUGGAUCAAGUGGUGAAAUCAGGAAGAAUUGCAGGAAGAUCAACUAAGAAUUUAAUUAUCUUCAUUUUCUAGGAAUAAAAUAUGCGUGUUGCUUGGGGUUCUAGUAUAGUAUAAGGGUAUGCAUUUUGAGAUUUUCGGUUUCGGGGGUAUCAUUGAACUUCGCAAGACCAUACAAAUUACAAAGUAAGUUUUCAGUUCCUCAUUUCUUUGAGUUGUACUAGGCAAACAAUUAGGAUUUGUUUUCCAUGUUGUAAGAGCUUAAAUGUAUUAAAUAAUGCUCAAAACGUUUCUAAAAC